GAGCUGACAACGCACCAAUGGUAGAUAACUUUGAUGUUGAAGAAUGUCCUUAUCCUGCAUGUAUACCAACUGAUAGUGUCUUGGUGAAGACUCUCUAUCUUUCAGUGGAUCCCUAUAUGCGAUGUCAAAUGAAUGAAGACACUGGUGCUGAUUACUUGUCGCCAUGGAAACUUGGGGAAGCAGCAGGUGGUGUAGGUGUUGGUGUUGUUAUCAAAAGUAACCAUGUUAAUUUCAAACAGGGUGAUAUUGUUACAGUUCAAGAAUUCAUGUGGCCAUGGCAACUGUUUGCAGUUAUGUCAGCUGAUCAUCUAACGAAG